AUGCAGCUCAUGGAGUUCUUCUACGGCGUGACCAUGGCGGCUCGCGUGGCCUACUCCUCUCUCUUCGCUGGUCAGCCCGGCGCUACCAGGCGCUGGCGGCCCCGCUGGCCGUGCUCCUGGGCCCAGCGCUCCUCUGGCCAGCUCUGCGUCUCCGUGGGCCACGUGCCCUACCUCACGCUGCACCACGCCUCCCUGGGCUUCCUCUUCCCCUGCUCCCUGGCGCUCUUCCUCAAGCCAGGCGCCCUCUUCUUCAACGGCCCGGGGGGGGGGCCCUCGCCCCGGGCUGGACGCAUGCGGCCGGGGCCGGGGCCGGCCGAGGGGGCCGGGCCGGGGCCCCGCCUGCUGGCUGCCUGCAAGGACUCCACGCUGGUGCGCAUGCUCCUGGAGCUGGGGAGCGUGGCGCGCACGCCGCGGCUGCGCCUCUGGUCCCUCUGGUGGGUGUUCAACUUCUCCGGCUACUACCUAAUCAUCUACUACGUGCACAUCCUGUGGAGCGACACGGACGGCUCCAAGGUCUACAACGGGGCCGUGGACGCCGCCGCCACCUUGAUGGAGGGCCUAGCGGCCUUGGCCUUGGGCGUGCGGAUCCGCUGGGCGCUGUGGUCGGAGCUGCUGAUCGGGGCCGUGACGGGCCUGCAGGCCGGCCUGGUCCUGCUCAUGUACAGCACCCGCAACAUCUGGCUCUGCUACGCGGCCCUCGUCUUCUUCAGGGGCUUCCACCAGUUCCUGGUGCCCAUCGCCACUUUCCAGAUCGCCUCGUCGAUGACCAAAGAGCUGUGCGCCCUGGUGUUCGGGGUCAACACCUUCCUUGCCACCAUCCUGAAGACCGUGGUGACUAUCAUCGUGGCGGACAAGAGGGGCCUCGGGCUCCCCGUCCGCUCCCAGUUCCAAGUCUACUUCGGGUACUUCACGGUGCUGGCCGUGGCCUACUUCUUGGGAGCUGUGUACACGGCUGUGAGGCACUGUCGGCAGAGCGGCUCCCGCAGCUUCCCCUUGGCGACCGAGCUGGGAAGCCCCGCGGAGGCGCCAGAGAAGGUGCAGAACCCUGAGGAGGAUGGCGUCGACAGCGUCCGGGCCUGAUCGGAGACGUCGGGGGCAGGAGGACGAUGGCGCGUGUUUGGCACCGGCCCUGCCAGUGACACGCCCCUGCUCGCCGUUCCUCCCGCCCGACCUGUGCGGGAAGGGGGUCCGAGCACACGGCCGCAGCCCCGGUCAGUCCAGGAUCACGUCACAGGCACCUUAGGAACCGGGGCUGGAGCACGGGCCACAUUAGGUGGACGUCUUUGUCCUGCUUCCAAACCACGGAGAAUCCCUUUUCCCCCAUUUGAUUAAGAACCAGUCUUGCCCGGCCCAUGCCAAGAUGCCACGCUGAGCCUCGGCUGCCUGACCGGACCAGCCGGACUGGAGAACCAGACGGACCGAGUGCCCAAGUUGUUGCCCGCUGUGCCCAAGGCUUUGCCCUCCACGUCCGAGAUGUUGCCUGCCGUGCCCAAGGUGUCGCCCGCCCCUCCGGCAGGGAGGCCGAGCCCAACCUGAGACAAUCACAGUAGGAAUCUCCCCCUGGGCCCCAGGUGUUCUCACGGCCCACACGUGGACACAUCCACACAUUCUCACGCACACACACUCGCACACUCAUUUACAUUCAUUUGUAUUAUUCCUGCACGCAGGCACACACACACACACACACACACACACACACACACAUACACACAUUUGCUCACUGAACACCAGAAAGGAGACCCCCUUGAGUCCUUCUCGUGCCCAUGAACACAAGCAGGAUUUCCCGUAAGUGGGGGACCCUCCGGAAGGGCAGCGUCGCACCCUUUCCCUGCCCCGUCCCGGCCUCCCCGCCCGCUGCACCAGCUGUCGUCGGCCAGGAACCGUGGGGGCUCCCUGGGCGCCCCACCACUCAGGCCUCCAGGAAAA